AUGACAGAGGUCACUGCUCAAAUUUCUCAUCCUAGGCGACCAUCCGGUGUCAUUUUGCGGAACACCCGACCGCGCGACAACGACCACGAUGUGGAUCCCCACGAAGCGCUCGAGCUCCAACAGCUCCAAGCACACGAGGACAACGAGCUGGACUACUCAACGCCGUCUGCAUCAUCCGGUGAUGAAUAUCGCGUUGUGACGCGUCGCACCACAUCACGCGCUCUCGCAUCACGUGCCGACGCAGAGCACCGCCGGCAAGCACGAAAGGGGACUUGGGGCAAGCUCACUCAGUUCUGGACGCAUAAUGUUACUUUGACGGUGCCACAUAAGAGCAGUCGGGAUUACUUCGCUCUGGAGAGAACAUUUCUCGCGUAUAUUCGGACCUCCCUCGUCUUUGCCCAGCAAGGCGUACUUCUUGCGCAGCUGUUCCGUCUGCAAGCGUCGGAGGCGUUGGCGGAUCGUCUCGGAUUUCGUCAGGUCGGUAGAUCCCUUCCGGUCGCGUGUUACUGUGUGGCUAUUCUUGUCGCUUUGGUUGGGGCGUAUCGAUUUUGGCGGCAGCAGAAUGCUAUUUCUAGGGGUAGGAUCUAUGCUGGAGGCUGGGAAUUGAACUCUGUGGGGAUACUACUGGGUUGUAUAUCUCUAACGGUGUUGAUUGUGUCCGUUGCUAUUAUGGUCGAGAUUGAUAUAAACCCGUCUGUAUUUGUUCGACGAAUAUGGGGUAGUUGA